GGUUCAGAGCACGCACUACUAAUAGAGAGCGGCAGCGUCUCUGUUCUCGCGACAGCCGGCCCCUCCGGCGAUUCCCCACUCUCUCAGUCCCGAUCCACUCCGCCGCCGCGCCAGCUCGCCAUGGCAGCCGCCGACGAGGCGCAGGGCUUCCGCCCGCUGGACGAGGCGUCGCUGGUGGCCUACAUCCGGGCGACCCCGGCGCUGGCCGCCAGCCUCGGCGGCCGCGUCGACGACCUCGCCGUCAAGGAGGUCGGCGACGGCAACCUCAACUUCGUCUACAUCGUCACCUCCGACGCCGGCUCCGUCGUCGUCAAGCAGGCUCUGCCGUACAUCCGCUGCGUGGGGGACUCGUGGCCGAUGACGAGGGAGCGGGCCUACUUCGAGGCCUCGGCGCUGCGGGAGCACGGCCGCCUCUGCCCGGACCACGUCCCGGAGGUCUACCACUUCGACCGCGCCAUGUCGCUCAUCGGGAUGCGCUACAUCAAGCCGCCCCACAUCAUCCUCCGCAAGGGCCUCAUCGCCGGCGUCGAGUACCCCCUGCUCGCCGAGCACAUGGCCGACUACAUGGCCAAGACCCUCUUCUUCACCUCCCUCCUCUACAACUCCACCACCGAGCACAAGAAGCAAGUUGCUCGCUACUGCGAGAACGUGGAGAUGUGCAGGCUCACGGAGCAGGUCGUGUUCUCGGACCCAUACAUGGUCUCCAAAUACAAUCGCUGGAACUCGCCUCUCCUCGACAAGGACGCCGAAGCCGUUCGAGAGGACGAUGGGCUGAAGUUGGAGAUUGCUGAAUUGAAGUCGAUGUUUAUUGAGAGAGCGCAGGCUCUGAUUCAUGGAGAUCUCCAUACCGGUUCCAUCAUGGUGACCCCAGAUUCCACUCAAGUGAUUGAUCCGGAGUUUGCCUUCUACGCGCCGAUGGGUUACGACAUUGGGGCCUUCUUGGGGAACCUGAUUCUCGCAUACUUUGCACAGGAUGGGCAUGCUGAUCAAGCAAAUGACCGUAAAGCUUAUAAGCAAUGGAUAUUGAAGACCAUCGAAGAAUCGUGGAAUUUGUUCCAGCAGAAAUUUUUGGGACUCUGGAAUAAACACAAAGAUGGGAAUGGGGAGGCAUACCUGCCUGCCAUAUACAACAACCCGGAGCUUUUGAGCGUUGUACAGAAGAAGUACAUGACAGGUCUACUUCAUGAUAGUCUUGGAUUUGGUUCAGCCAAAAUGAUCAGGAGAAUUGUUGGAAUUGCCCAUGUCGAGGAUUUUGACUCAAUCGAGGAUGCCAGCAAGAGAGCAUCAUGUGAGCGCCGUGCGCUUGAUUGUGGCAAGGCAAUCCUGAAGGGCCGACGCCAGUUCGAGAGCAUCGAGCAAGUGAUUGCACUUGUCCAGUCAGUAACUCAUGACUGAGAAAACCAGCCGUCUGUUCAGCGUUUCCGGUUGAGGAGACCUUGUUUGAUCGUUAUCAGGAUUGAGUACCGACGCUCGAGUAUCGAGAUGUGCUGCUCUUUGUAAACCAUCCUUGGAUCAGUGUGGCUUAUGUGUACUGUGUAGUGGGCUGCCUUCAGAGAUGCCUAUACUUGGGUCGAGAACAUCCUGUGUGUAUUUCUAGUGUAAGGCAGGUUGCCUUGCAGCAUAGCUGUGAGUUGAAUAACAGAGUGUACAAUGUAUCUCAACGUUGUACAAUUAUCCAUAGAUACAGGCGUGGUCGCCACCAAUAAAACCAUAUCUGGUAGGUUUUGCCAAGCA